AUGGAAAGUAACAAGAUACGCGAGGCAGUUCAGUUUCUUGCUGAUGGUGAUAAGGCAAUUCAAAAAGGCUGGUUUAAAAAACCGGAAUGGGAUGUUGCUGGGUCUUAUUAUGAGAAGGCUGCGUCUUGUUUUAAAGCCGCACGCUCAUACGAACAAGCGAUUCAAGCGUAUUUGAAAGCUUCGGAUGCAUUAUUCAAAUCUGACUCAAUAUACAUGGCAGCGAAAAGCAUGGAAGGAGCAGCUAACCUCGCGGCACAACAACUCAAACAACCAGAGCGUGCUGCAGAACUGUAUCGACAGGCUAGCGAUCUUUAUCAGACACAUAUGACGCCGGAUCGGGCUGCGGAGAUGUUAGAAAAAGCCGCUAGGGCUCUUGAGCCAAUAGACGUAGAUCAAGCAAUUGAUUUUUAUGUGGCCGCUUGCUCGCUUUACGAGUCGGAAGAUAGAUCGAGAUUUGCGAUUGAUACUUUUACUCGGACGAUAGCUGUGAUGACUCGUCAUAAAAGAUACGAUGCAGCCAUAGACAUAUUACUCCGCCUACGGGAUGUAUACCAUAGUACAAACAAUAAUUCGGGACUAAAUAAAACAUGUUUGAGUAUCAUCAUCGUGUUGCUUGCAGCGAGUGACGAGAUCGGGGCGAAAAGACAGUUCCAGCAUUUUUGCCAAUAUGCAUUUGUACAAUCAGAAGAAUCAGCCAUUGCAAGCAUCCUACUCGACGCAUUCGAACAAGGUGACCAAGAACUUCUGGAAGAAACAGUGCACCGACAAAUCGUCACCUAUCUCGACAACGAAAUCGCUAAACUCGCACGAACACUCCAAGUUCCCGGAGACAUAUUGACCACCAACAAUAACUCAGCAUCAUCAACGUUAACAGCUAAGGUCGCUAAAAAAUUAUCGUCGAUGCAACCGCCACAGCAACAAGCGUUUCUUUGGAAUCAUGGCGGAGAACUGGGUGGCGGCGAAGAAAAAGAGUUCGACGAGGAUGAUUAUGUGUCGUCGUAUUUUAACGAUGAGAAACUUAUUGAUGAGAAACCGCUGCCUGUUAACGAAUAUGACGAGUACGAGCAUGAGGAAGGUGGAUUCUGUUGA